ACAACUUAACCAAAAAACACUCUCUCAUUUCCCACCUCUUUUCUCUCCAAAACUCUCACAUUUUCCUUCACAAAACAACACACCCAAAAGCACUCAAAUACAAACAUAAAAAAAUAGGUAGCUAUGGCUUCUACUACUCCUGCUUCAAAUACAUGGAUUAAGCCCAAGAUAUCAAUGCCAAGAGACUUGGCUUAUUCUUCAAAUUCCAUUUCCCUACUUAAAAAACAGUCUAAUAGACAACUUCCUACUAUUAAUUCCUCACUCCAAGCUCCUCCAAUUCUCCAUUUUCCAAAACAAUCUCCAAAUUAUCAAACACCCAAAACUAGUACUAUUUCCACUUCCACUUCAAAACCAACCACUAUUUCAUAUCCAAAACAAGAAAAUCACUCUUCUUCUAUAACAAGUCCUCAAUGGAAUUUAGUCCAAAAAGCAGCAGCAAUGGCUUUGGAUGCCGUGGAAAGUGCCUUAACAAAACACGAACUCCAACACCCUUUACCAAAAACAGCCGACCCACGUGUCCAAAUUUCCGGGAAUUUCGCUCCGGUACCGGAAAAUCCAGUCUCUCACUCCCUUCCGGUCAACGGAAAAAUACCCGAAUGUGUUCAAGGCGUUUACGUUCGUAACGGCGCUAACCCGCUUUUCGAACCAACCGCCGGACACCAUUUCUUUGACGGUGACGGUAUGGUUCACGCCGUCCAAUUCAAGAAUGGCUCCGCAAGUUACGCUUGCCGUUUCACUGAAACUGAAAGGCUCGUUCAAGAAAAAGCUUUGGGUCGCCCUGUUUUUCCUAAAGCCAUCGGUGAAUUACAUGGCCACUCUGGAAUUGCUAGGCUCAUGCUUUUUUACGCACGUGGACUCUUUGGACUUGUUGAUCACAGUAAAGGAACUGGAGUUGCAAACGCUGGUUUAGUUUAUUUCAACAACCGUUUGUUAGCUAUGUCCGAGGAUGAUUUGCCAUACCAUGUACGUGUGACACCAACUGGUGACCUUAAAACUGCCGGAAGAUUCGAUUUUGAUGGUCAGUUGAAAUCCACAAUGAUAGCUCACCCGAAACUCGACCCUGUUUCAGGGGAGUUAUUUGCUUUGAGCUACGAUGUGAUUCAAAAACCGUACCUUAAGUAUUUCAGGUUUUCGAAAAACGGGGAGAAAUCCAAUGAUGUUGAAAUCCCAGUUGAAGAUCCAACAAUGAUGCAUGAUUUUGCUAUUACUGAGAAGUUUGUCAUAAUUCCUGAUCAGCAAGUGGUAUUUAAGAUGUCUGAAAUGAUUCGGGGCGGGUCGCCUGUGGUUUACGAUAAGAAUAAAGUUUCAAGAUUUGGUGUAUUGGACAAAUAUGCAAAAGAUGGUGAAGGUUUGAAGUGGGUACAAGUACCUGAUUGUUUUUGUUUCCAUUUAUGGAAUGCUUGGGAAGAGCCGGAAACUGAUGAAAUUGUGGUGAUUGGUUCAUGUAUGACACCACCCGACUCGAUUUUCAAUGAAUGUGAUGAGGGAUUAAAGAGUGUUUUAUCAGAAAUUCGGCUAAAUUUGAAAACUGGAAAAUCAACAAGAAGAGCAAUAAUUCAGAAGGAAGAAGAUCAGGUGAAUUUAGAAGCAGGAAUGGUGAACAGGAACAAACUUGGAAGGAAAACAAGGUUUGCAUAUUUGGCCAUUGCAGAACCAUGGCCAAAAGUUUCUGGCUUUGCAAAAGUAGACCUUUUUACUGGUGAAGUAGAAAAGUUUAUUUAUGGAGAUAACAAGUAUGGUGGGGAGCCUCUGUUUUUACCAAGAGACCCUAACAGCAAAGCAGAAGAUGAUGGUUAUAUUCUUGCAUUUGUACACAAUGAGAAAGAAUGGAAAUCAGAGCUACAAAUUGUGAAUGCAAUGACCAUGAAAUUAGAGGCCACAGUUAAACUUCCAACAAGAGUGCCAUAUGGUUUUCAUGGUACGUUCAUAAAUGCCAAAGACUUGGCAAAUCAGGCCUAAUUUGGGAAGGUGAAAAAGUGGUGGUAAAUUUGGACUAUUACAGAGGAGAUUUACCAGAGGGAUGGUUUAGAUGAUACGUCCCCGGAAUUUCCUCUAUAAUAUAGUUUUUUCAUUUUUUUUACUUUUUUAAAAUUGUGAGAGGUUUUCAGAGACCAGCUUGUAGCUUGGAUGUAGUUAGAAAUUGGAGCUCAGCUGGUUUUUCUGCUUAUUCUUUCACAUUUUUAUGUGCAUGUGAGGGAGUAUAUACAUUAUGGGAAACUAUACAAUGUUUCUGUAACUCUCUGUUUCUUGUAUAUGAUCAAUGGUGGCCUAUAUUAUUUCCACUUUCUUCUUCCA